AUGUUUUCUCUUCAAGGUCCACAUGCAAAUCGUCAUGAUCCCCCUCACCCUCAUCAUCCCCCUGGCCAUAGACACAUCAAACAAAACGAGAAGGGUGAAUGGGUCGACUCUGGAUCAAAUGCCCAAUUUGUGGAGCAAAUAAAAAGCGGUGAUACCAUUUUCUUCCAUACGUCAAAUUGUACUUGGUGCUACAACGGCACCUGUUCGAACAACUCGCCAUGGAACAUUCCUACCGCUUCUGGUGGAAAUAAGAACGACCUGAUCAUUGUUAUCCUAAACAAAGGUUACUUUGUGAUAUCCUGCAUCCCUGGCUCCCAUACCAAGGAAGAGAACCCACGUCCAUUAGUGCCGCAUCAGAAUUACGCAGUGGAUGAGUUCAUCAAGAAUUACAUAUCACUCAUCUGGCUGGAAAAGGCCAUCUACUACUCCACGGACAACUUUCACAAUUUCACAAUUGGCCGGGGAAAUGGUCAAAGUGAAAACCUUGGCCAGCUGGCUCCCGGUAUGUGGAUGAAGAAAAUCUAUGGUGGUGUAUUCCAUGAUUAUAACGACAACAUCAUUCCCAAGAUUUCCGACGAGUUUCAAGUAUUCGAUAACACGGAUAAGAAGAAAAAUCUAUACUCGAAUUCGGCGUGUCAUGCUCCGAAGAGUUACGAACCCUAUUUUUUGUUCGACAAAAAUAUUCCCCUGGACUAUUUCUUGAUGUUCCAGUUUCAGGGACUGUCCAACCCAAUCUAUGCCAGAUUCACUCCGCAGUUCAUCGAAAGUGGCUCAUUACAUAACGCUCUUAAAAUUAUUAUGGAGAUCUUCCUGGCUUUUACUACACUUGAUGAUCCUAUGCUGAGAGAUAUCCCUCCAAAUGGAUUCGCUUUCAUCUCGAUCGGGGACAGGAGACCAUACGCAAAGUGGAAGGCGGAUUUAAAGAUUCCUCUCAAUGGCAAACCUGACACAUUUGUUAUCAUGCGCGAUGCGCGCGACGUGGCAUUUGUGCGUAUUGCUAAGAAUGCCAUGGAGGACCGCAGACUAACUCAAACAAUAUUCGACAUCCGCAACAUUUUACAUCAUAGAAAUAAAAUAGCAAGUUCCCGUGCCUCUGCACACGUUAUUUUCCCAGUAGAUGAGAAGCUCCGGGAAAAAAAUCCAGCCGUUCAGGCCAAUUUUAGACAGCUGUUUGAUCAAAUUAUUGCUGUCCACACCCCGGGACAAUUUGCGACAUGGGAUCCAUAUUGCUAUAAAAAACACAUGACUGAAUCGGAACUUUUUUUAGACAUAACACUGUCCAGCAAAAGGCCUCGCAAGACGAUAUUUCACCCCCUGCAGAAGUUUGGUCAAUUGGCUAUCGGCGAGAUGGAUAUGUGCAUCGAAACUUUUGACAAGUCCACCACAGUGAGGACGUGUUUUGCAAGCAUGGAAUGGGCAAUAUUUACUACCCAAAAAGACCUCCCACAUUUUUUGGAGUCUCGACAAGGAAUUGUGAUCAAUUUAGACACUUAUCAACAAUUUGAUGUCUCUUGUCCAGAUUUCCAAGAAUCGUUUGAAGAGACGAUCGUUGUUUUAUAUGAUAGCUUGCAUUGUAUCAUCUGUCGCUAUCCUCGGGGAUUUGAUAACGACAUUGAUGUAUGGAACAAACUGGGCAGAUUUGCAUCAACAUUGUUAAAACCCAUCGAGCCCUGGAGAUUAGUUACUAUUAACAGUAACUUCUCUGCCUGGCCGGGAGCGAACCAGUUUUUUAACACUGGGAUGCGUGUAGCGUGGUUCCCCGAAACAUGUCUCCUCUCAAUAAUCCGAUCCGAUCAUGGACUAAUCGAAGUUGCAGGAGCAAGGUGGGAUGGCGAAUUAACAGAAGUCCCUAUACCUUUAAGAACCCUAUCAUUUGAUAUUGAUUAG